AAAAUAGAGUUCUAUUUAAAUAGAGAAACGAAUGAAACGACCGUCACGACGUCACGAAACAAGCAUGGCACCCCAGCCUGAAUCCUCCAAUAACGCCGCCGAUCAAGAUCACCCCGAUGCACCCCUGCCGAUCGAGCAAUACAGUGAUGAUGAACCCCGGUCCUUAGUAGCAUAUGAACCAUAUCCGAUCGAAGACGAUGAAUCCGAAAUUGCCGCAGCCGAUUCGCGGCCUCGCCACGCAGCGCAUGCGAAGUUGCGCAUAUUCUGGUUGAAGAAUAAGGGCAUGUUCCUAGUGCUAUUAGCGCAGAUGUUUGGCGCCUCAAUGAAUGUUAUGACCCAAUUAUUGGAGAUCAAUAGCUCUAUGCAUCCAUUCCAGAUUCUAUUCGCCCGCAUGUCCAUAACAGCAGUAGCAAGUUACCUCUACAUGUGGUACGCUCGCGUGCCCGCUCCGUUCGGCACACGGCCCAUCCUAGUCCUACUCAUUACGCGCGCCACAUUUGGCUUCCUAGGCGUGUACGGAAUCUACUACUCAGUUCAGUACCUCCCCCUAGCCGAAGCAACGGUGAUCACCUUCUUGGCGCCUAUCAUGACCUGUUAUGCUUGCUCGCUCCUUAUUCCCGGGGAGACAUUCUCAACCCGGCAACAGCUCGCCGCACUUGUCUCACUCGGAGGCGUGAUCCUGAUUGCGCAGCCAUUUCGCAAGCGCGAAGGCGGCAACGGUGACAGUCCCGGCUCGGCAGACUCGUAUCACCACGUCCUAGCGACGAUCGUGGCGUUUGUGGGUGUGAUCGGAGCCGCGGGCGCAUACACGUCCAUCCGCAUGAUCGGGCGACGUGCGCACCCUCUCGUCUCGGUGACGUACUUUUCCAGUGUGACGACGAUCAUCUCGCUUGUCGCGAUGGCUGCGGUGCCAGGGGUUCCAUUCCGGUUGCCUAGUAACACACUCGAGUGGUCCUUUAUGGUCGGGUUGGGUGUUUGUGGGUUCCUAUUGCAGUUCCUUUUGACAGCGGGUCUGUCGUACGUGCCACCGGCAGAGGUGUCGGUUAGUAAAGGCGGACAAGGAUCGCGGGCGACGAGCAUGGUAUACACGCAGGUUGUGUUUGCACUCUUCUACGAUAAGAUGAUCUGGGGAACGACACUGUCCCUCGUGAGUGCGGCGGGGUCGGUGCUCAUCCUUGCGUGUGCAAUUUAUGUAGCAGUUAUGCAGGAAGGACGAUCGGAGCCGAAACCAGCUGAGGAGGUUGUUGAUCAGCCGCGUUACAAGGAUGUGGACGAGGAGGCUUGAUAGGUAACCGAGGGAUUGAGUUUCAGCAAGAG